CCGCUGCGCUCCGCUGCGCUCCGCUUUCCCCUCCCUCUCCUGCCCUCCCCCUUUUUCGUGCCUUGAGGUUGCGGGUCAGUGCGAGCCACUGCAGUGAGUCCGUCACGGCUCCGGUGCGGGCGCGAGCACGAGUGCGAGGCUGCAGCCCCAAAGCCGUUUGGCCCCCUUCUCCCCCGCCUCCCCCCCUGCUCGGUCUCUCCCCACUUCUCGCCGUGUCUCCUCCCGCGCUCUCCGUCUCUGAAUCUCGACCUUAAUUUCUCUUCUCCCCGCCAGCUCCCGCGUGUCCAGUCACCCCGGCCGGCGCGCUCCCCGCGGCGCCGCCUGCCCUCCCCCAGCCUGAACCCCCCCUUCCCCCGCGGGCGUCCCGAGGGCCGCAGCCGCCCCAGCCGAGCGUAGCUGGGCCGCCGCCGCCGCCGCCACUGCCGCCGCCGCUGCUUCCUGCGGGAGCCCGUCAGAGCGCCGACACUCUUCUCUGCGCGAGCGAGCCGCCGACCGCCCAGCAAAAUGGGAAAUGAGGCAAGUUAUCCUUUGGAAAUGUGCUCACACUUUGAUGCUGAUGAAAUUAAAAGGCUAGGAAAGAGAUUUAAGAAGCUCGAUUUGGACAAUUCUGGUUCUUUGAGUGUGGAAGAGUUCAUGUCUCUACCUGAGUUACAACAGAAUCCCUUAGUACAGCGAGUAAUAGAUAUAUUCGACACAGAUGGGAAUGGAGAAGUAGACUUUAAAGAAUUCAUUGAGGGGGUCUCUCAGUUCAGCGUCAAAGGAGAUAAGGAACAGAAGUUGAGGUUUGCUUUCCGUAUCUAUGACAUGGAUAAAGACGGCUAUAUUUCCAAUGGGGAACUCUUCCAGGUGCUAAAGAUGAUGGUGGGGAACAAUCUGAAAGAUACACAGUUACAGCAAAUCGUAGACAAAACCAUAAUAAAUGCAGAUAAGGAUGGGGAUGGAAGAAUAUCCUUUGAAGAAUUCUGUGCUGUUGUAGGCGGCCUAGAUAUCCACAAAAAGAUGGUGGUAGACGUGUGACUCUUGUGUAAAGAGCACCACCCAACACUUUUGCUUUCUUCUCCAUCUCUGAAGAUCUGCUCAAGACGUCCAGCAAUGCUCUUUGUGUAUUUAAAUGGAAGUAUUUUUCUCUGUGAAGCCACAUUUUCCAACAUGAGCCUCAUGAAGCCCAACUAAGUGUUAUUGAACUCUUCUUCUCUCAAUAACUCAGUGUAGCACUUUAAAGCUGAAGGACAGCAGCAUGAAAAGAGCAUAUCAAUGUGGCGAAGAAAGGGAAGGGGUUGGCUUUUUAAUUUAUUUUUCUUCAUCUUUUAUAACAAGAAAGUAUCUAUAUAUACAUAUGUAAAUAUUUAUAUAUAGAUAUAUGUAGCUUUCUAUAUGUGUAGUAGGUUGGCUUUAAUUUAAUAUACUUGAUUCAGAAACAAAAAUGAUAAAAGAGUACAAAAGUGCCAAGCAGAACAUUCAACAUCCUUCCUUUUAUUUCACACAGUUUUAUAUAUAGAUCAGAGAUUGUACAGUUUGAGCCGGGUGUUAGGCCAGCUGUUUUCCUUUGCCUGCUCUUUCUCCUUUGAGAGAUUGACAAAGCAUUUGUUAACAUCUUCUUAUUUACCUUGAUUGCAUUUUUGUAACAAAGGCGUGUGUACCUUAAUUUCUACCUAUGAUAUAUUUCCAGGGACUGGUCUCAUUGCUGAGCAGCUUUGAUGACGUCUCUGCUUGAGGAGAAA